AUGUUCUCAAAUAGUGAUGAAGCUGUAAUCAAUAAAAAACUUCCCAAAGAACUUCUAUUACGAAUAUUCUCUUUUCUGGAUGUCGUUACCUUGUGUCACAGUGCUCAGGUCUCCAGGGCUUGGAAUGUUCUGGCCCUGGAUGGCAGCAACUGGCAGCGAAUUGACCUGUUUGAUUUCCAGAGGGAUAUUGAGGGCAGAGUCGUAGAGAAUAUUUCAAAAAGAUGUGGGGGCUUUUUACGAAAAUUGAGUCUGCGUGGGUGUCUUGGAGUAGGAGACAAUGCGUUAAGGACUUUUGCACAAAACUGUAGGAACAUUGAAGUGCUGAAUCUUAAUGGGUGUACGAAGACCACUGAUGCUACUUCUCUGAGUGAGGGCUGUCCACUGUUGGAGCAACUGAACAUUUCCUGGUGUGACCAGGUAACCAAGGAUGGCAUCCAAGCCCUAGUGAAAGGCUGUGGAGGUCUCAAGGCCCUAUUCUUAAAAGGUUGUACACAGCUAGAAGAUGAAGCACUUAAGUACAUAGGUGCACACUGUCCUGAACUUGUGACUUUGAAUUUACAGACUUGCUUGCAAAUCACAGAUGAAGGUCUCAUUACUAUAUGCAGAGGGUGCCAUAAGUUGCAGUCCCUCUGUGCCUCAGGCUGCUCCAACAUCACAGAUGCCAUCCUGAAUGCUCUAGGUCAGAACUGUCCACGGCUUAGAAUAUUGGAGGUGGCGAGAUGUUCUCAAUUAACAGAUGUGGGCUUUACCACUCUGGCCAGGAAUUGCCAUGAACUUGAAAAGAUGGAUUUGGAAGAAUGUGUUCAGAUAACAGACAGCACAUUAAUCCAACUUUCUAUACACUGUCCACGUCUUCAAGUAUUGAGUCUUUCUCACUGUGAGCUGAUCACAGAUGAUGGAAUUCGUCACCUGGGAAAUGGGGCCUGUGCCCAUGACCAGCUGGAAGUGAUUGAGCUGGACAACUGCCCCCUAAUCACAGAUGCAUCUCUGGAGCACUUGAAGAGUUGUCACAGCCUCGAGCGUAUAGAACUCUAUGACUGCCAGCAAAUCACACGAGCUGGAAUCAAGAGACUGACCUCCACGUUCACCCUCACCAUCGCCAUGGGCGUCCUGUUCUUAGAGCAGGCAUUCAAUAAAGGAGCAGAUAAGGUCUACGUGCACAUCAACGAAGGGAAGCUGUGGAAACACAUCAAGCACAAAUACCAGAACCAAGAGUAG